AUGCCUUCUCUCAACGCUCUUCUCUCCGCCUCUUUGGCCUUUGCCUCCAUCGCUCUUGGCGCACCUGCUGCUCAAGACAAGCACUUCUCCGUCGAGCAAGUCAAGAACCCCCAAUUCGUCAAGAACGGUCCUCUUGCCCUCGCCCACGUCUACAACAAGUACGGCGUCCCUCUCCCCAAGGGUCUCGAGAAGGCCGUCAAGGCUAUCCGACCUCCUCACCACAAGCGCCAAAGCGGCACUGUCAUCACCACCCCUUCUGAUGAGGACAUCGAGUGGUUGACACCCGUCCAAAUCGGUACUCCUGCUCAGACCUUGAACUUGGAUUUCGACACUGGUUCUUCUGAUCUUUGGGUCUUCAGCACUGAGACUUCUGGUAGCAGUGGGCACGAUGAGUACAACCCUGCCAAGAGCAGCACUGCCAAGAAGCUCUCUGGUGCAACUUGGUCUAUCAGCUACGGUGAUGGAAGCACCUCGUCUGGAGAUGUCUACAAGGACAAGGUCUCUAUUGGUGGCCUGGCCGUCGCCUCCCAAGCUGUUGAGUCUGCCCAGAAGGUCUCUGAUGAAUUCGAGCAAGAGACUGGUCUCGAUGGCCUCCUCGGUCUAGGCUUCAGUUCUAUCAACACUGUUAAGCCCACCAAGCAGAAGACCUUCUUUGACAACGCCAUCUCUACCCUCACCAACCCUGUCUUCACUGCCGAUCUCAAGCACCAGAAGCCUGGAACCUACAACUUUGGCUACAUCGAUAGCACAGCCUACACUGGCAAGAUCGGAUACGCUCCCGUGGACUCUUCUCAGGGUUUCUGGGACUUCACUGCUUCUGGCUACGCCGUUGGCUCUGCUGCCCUCAACAAAAGCCCCAUCGAUGGUAUUGCUGAUACCGGCACCACCCUCCUCCUCCUCCCUUCCAGCAUCAACUCCGCAUACUAUGCCAAGGUCAGCGGAGCUAAGUAUAGUUCUUCUUACGGCGGAUACGUCUUCAGCUGCUCUGCUACGCUGCCCAACUUCAGCUUUGCCGUCGGUGGGGUUACCAUCACCAUUCCCGGCUCUUACAUCAACUAUGCUCCUGUCCAGGAAGGUUCCUCCACCUGCCUCGGUGGUAUUCAGCCUAGCGAAGAUAUUGGCAUCAACAUCUUCGGUGAUAUCGCCCUCAAGGCUGCUUUCGUUGUUUUCGAUGGUGGUAACAAGCAGGUUGGAUGGGCUAAGAAGACUCUGUAA